UUUUCUGCAACACGGUUUAGUGUAAACUCGGGCGGAUAGAGGAUUGGUUUGGUCUCCGCCUCGGCCUCGGCCUCGGCCUCUCACCACCAAACUCAGCUCUGCCUUUCUCACAAGAGACUUCAGCAUAAUCAGUACUUCGCGCAAGACCAUGCGAAGAACCCCGAAAUCCCUCUCGCACUUCCAUUUGUAGUAAUACGAGGAAAAUCCUACAAGCCCAAAAGAAAAAUUUGAGUUUUGGUUUUUGAAGAGAAGUAUCGGCUUUAAUGGCGGCUCAAGGGUUGUCUGUGUUCCCAAUUACACCAUCUUCUUCAGCCACGAGUCAAUCUUGCAGAAGACCAUUUGAGCAGUGUUUGAGUUUCAAUCUAUCCAAGUCUUUUGUGGGCACGAAGCUAUUGAUUCAGCCGUCUGGUUUCAGUCUGAUUGCUUCGAGACGACGUAGUUCCACUGUAGCCACCGUCUCCUUCAGUCUCCCCACCACGACGACUGAGGGGGUUGCUUCCGACAAGAAGCCCAAAUGGUCGGCGAGGUCGAUAAAGUCGUUUGUUAUGGCUGAGUUGGAGGCUCGGAAGCUCAAGUAUCCCAAUACCGGAACUGAGGCUCUCCUUAUGGGCAUUUUGGUUGAAGGGACCAGUUUGGCAGCAAAGUUUUUGAGGGAAAAUGGUGUUACACUUUUUAAGGUCCGAGAAGAAACUGUGAAGUUGCUAGGAAAAUCUGACUUGUACUUUUUCAGUCCUGAGCAUCCUCCCUUGACCAAACCAGCUCAGAGGGCUCUCAACUGGGCAGUCGAGGAGAAGCUGAAGUCAGGUGAAAGCGGCGAAAUCACAACCACACAUUUGCUUCUUGGAAUUUGGUCGGAAAAGGAGUCUGCCGGGCAUAAGAUAUUGUCUACACUUGGCUUUGACAACGACAAGGCCAAAGAAUUGUCCAAAACCAUGGACAAAGAUAUAAUUUUGAGCUUCAAAUAAUCGACUUCAACAGGUCUGAGCAUCUUGAAAUCUCAUUCAGUUACGUCUUCAAGAGAAAGGAUUCCUACCCGAAUGACAUCACUUUGAGGCUAAUUUCUGCUCAAACUCAUACUCUAGGUUCCUUUCAGUUGUUUCCAUAUACACUUUGGAAGUUUGAUAUUCUUUAAAGAUGACUAGAUUGUACUCGUUUAAAUGCUAAAAGUCUCUGUUACUCUCAGCAUUGUUGUUGCGCUGUUACUAAAUUCGCCUUUGGUUCUGAACU